UUGAAGAAAAUGAACAAUCGUAGCCAUAACCAUCAUAUAAAUCCCUUUAUUAAUGGCAUGCUCAGUAGGAAGAGGAAGUUCCAAGAGAUCAGUAAUGAUAGCGAGAUGGGCACUGACUCAACUCUCCACACCAAUUCGCCUCUCUCUAGUCCUGAAGAAGCUGAAUUCGGAAGAUCUCAGAAGAGAAGACUCACGACUGAACAUUUGUCUCCUGAAGAAGAGGAAAAGAUGGUUGAGAUAGGCCAAGCCAAGCAGAUCCUGGAGAGGAACAUUCAAAAUUCCCGAUUGGAGUCAUCUCUUCGCUAUUCAGGCUUUGUUUCACCAAUAGCCUCACCUUCCAGCCCCCAAGAAACACAGCAUCAGCAUGAGCCCCAGUCGAUUGAGCCGGAGGAGCCAGAAAUGAUGCACAAAAGGCACUAUUUCUCCUUAAAAGGAGAUAUAGACUACAGCAAAGAUCUCACUGAAGAGCAAAUAGCUGAACUCAGAAAAGUCGAAGCUUAUUAUGCUUCCAGAAACCUCAUGAUCGUCAGUACCUUCAUCAAUCAGUAAGCCUCAGGAGGGCUGUAGGCCUCCCAAUCAGGAGGGGGCAUGCCGAUUAAACAUUAACCCUAAUUUUCGAGUAAGGUUGCACUCUUUUCUAUUUUGCGAUAAC